AUGUCUCAGAGCUUCUACGCGCGCGGAGUUACUACCUUUACAGUUAUUCCAGGAUUGUGCUCGGUUUGGACUUCCGCUAGGGAUGAACCGAAGUCAAAGAUCAGCGACGAAAUACCCCAGCCUCAGCCGCCACCCUCGACGCCGACCAAAACACGUGGCGCCGUGUCACCCUCGUCCGUCGUGACGCCCCGAGCCGUCCGAAGCGGAUUGGCCAGAUCCCCGGAAGCCACGACGCCCAGAGGGAGACUCGCGCAGGAAACGGGGGGUGCUGCGACCCUCGCGAACGGACUCGCGUCCAAAGUACCCGCGCCAGACGUGACGAACAGCGGAGGCACGCCGAAGGGUCGCUCACCCGGGAGGUCGCCAACCUCCCCGCGUCCACCCAGCAGCCUGCGCGUCAGAUCCGCCGGCGAUAAGUCCUCCCCCGGUACACCUAGGCAAAUAUCCCCCGGCACACCUAGGCAAACGUCCCCCGGCACACCCAGUAGAAUAUCCCCCCGUACACCGAGGUCGCCGAGGAAAACACCGUCUCCCAAGGAGCUGCGUCUUCCGAAACUCGCGUCUUCGCCGAUGUCACGAUCAGAAGCAAGUCCGGCGAUUGCCGAGAGUCAUUCGAAAAUCAGUUUACCGAAGUUGAUCGAGCCAUCCUCGCAAUCCGCCCGAACGGCAUACUAGAGCUAUCGAAUCAAAAAAACGCGACUGGCUUUCUAGCACUUUACUAAUACAGAGUGCCACUCAGACUCGCAGGUUCUCUCAUCUGCGACUACAUUCCAAGUUGAGCUUUUCUCAAUAAAAAUUUGAUUAAUUAAAACUUAAUUCAUAAUCUUAUAUAAAUGAAAACUGUCUAAUUUAAGAAUUCGUAUAUGAAAGAAACCACGAGGUCUGGAGCAUUCUGUUCAUCUCGCAAAAAUGAGAGUGCAAACUAGUUCAUAACUUAGAAAAAUAACGAUAGAAAAGUCAUAAUGAACUACACUUGCUAGAGCAGACAUCUUUUUUUUAUUGACGAAUCUAAUUCUAAGCGAAGAUAAACUUUUUUAUUCUAGGACGAAUUUCAACCGAAAAAAUUGGCUAAAAAAUAAACUGAAAAUUCGAAAUAAAA